AUGGGCAUUCCACAAAUUAACUCUUCCCUUAGUCUAGAGCUGAAAAUUGUAGAAGCAAAAAGUGUAGAAUCAAAACCAAGAGGUGACCUGUUUGUGAGAUGUUAUCUUCCAGUUGGAAGCAACAAAAGAAAAGUUGGGAUCGACACUAAAGAAAUCCCCACCAAAAAGGACCACGUUUGGAAUGAAACUUUCUCUUUAGAGUGCUCUGGGAUUGAGGACAACAAAGUGGACAUCACCAAAUUGAUAAAGCAAGAGAAGUUGGUUUUGGAGCUGAGGUGGAGAAACAGAGUGCCAAUUCUUGGGAGAAGUGGUUCAAAACUGUUGGGCAGUGCUGAGAUCAGGGGCGGACCCACAUUGUAG